GCCGCCGUCAGGGGGCGUGUCUACGCAGCCGUGGUGCAGCCACCGGCGUUCACGUGCUGGAGAUGGCGGCCGACCCUCUUCCUCCGUCCGCGAUGGCUCAGCCGGGGACCCUGAACCUCAAUAACGAGGUUGUGAAGAUGAGAAAGGACGUGAAGCGAAUCCGAGUUUUGGUUAUCCGAAAACUUGUCAGGAGUGUUGGCAGACUGAAAUCCAAAAAGGGAACUGAAGAUGCCCUAUUGAAAAACCAAAGACGAGCUCAAAGGUUGCUUGAAGAAAUCCACGCCAUGAAGGAAUUGAAACCUGAUGUCAUAACUAAAUCUGCUCUUGGUGAUGAUAUCAACUUUGAAAAAACUUGCAAAAAGCCAGAUUCUACUGCCACUGAAAGAGCAAUUGCCAGAUUAGCAGUUCACCCUCUUCUGAAGAAAAAAAUAGAUGUGCUAAAAGCUGCAGUACAAGCCUUCAAAGAUGCAAGGCAGAAUGCUCCUGAGGCUGAGUCAUCAAAGACUGUUCCAGAAGAAAACCAGUGUCGGGACACUCUCUGUUCAAAAGAUGAUGCGAGCGAGAUACAGCAUCCUGAGAGAACUAUUGUUAGUGAGCAGAAAGGAAAAGAUGCCAAAACAAUAGCAAAAAAAGCAGUGCAUGAUUUAAAAGGAAAAAUGGCCACGAUAGAACAUGGACCCAAAGCUGUGGCCACCCCGUGUCCUCCAGAGAUGCCUUCAGGAAAGGAUGCUGUGGCUACCUCUGCAUACCAGAAGGUGCCUUCUGACUCAAAAGGGAAUGCCUCAACUGCAACCACAAAGAAAGAGAGUGAGCGCACCCUGGGUGAGAGCGGUGGCAGUGAGGAAGAGGGGAGCGAGGAGGAAAAGGAGUACUUUGAUGAUAGCACUGAAGAAAGGUUCUACAAACAGUCUUCUGUGUCUGAGGACAGCGACAGUGGUGAUGACUUCUUCAUUGGGAAAGUCCGACGGACACGGAAGAAGGAAGGCAGUAUUCGGCCCUCGGCUAAGGAACAGAAGCCCCUCCCAAAAGUGUCACCCAAAACAUACACACUUGAAACUGAUUGGGAUGUGAGAAAUGAUAAGCACAAGCUGAUUCCAGAAGCCAGGAAGUUAGAAUCCGUGUUUUUCCACUCUUUAUCUGGACCUAAAAGCUCCCGGAGGGAUUCCAGAGAACAGGCCCCAAAGAAUAAAACUCCAGAUUUUCCAGAAAAUGAACCUGGAAUCAAGAGUCAGUUUACAAAGAGUGCACGAAGAAGGUUUGAGAGUGUGAAGCAGCAGGCACAAGCUCCUCUGCACCCUUCCUGGGAAGCAAGCAGGAGGCGGAAAGAGCAGCAAUCCAAAAUCACUGUGUUUCAGGGGAAAAAAAUCACAUUUGAUGACUGAUUGCUCAUUGUCUUUCUGAGCUUUCUGUCAAAAUUUUUGUGGUUUUUAUUUUUAACUAGCCUAUUAUUUAAAUUAGUGUCUUUGAGAGAGAUAUAAAAUAUAUUGUUUUCCCUUUUUUGUGUGAGUUCGGAGAAUGUUUACAUAAUCUUUUAUAGAUCUCUAAAUUUGUUUCACAAGAGUGCUUGCCCCAUAUUAUUUCUUAUAUAAAAUAAUUUAGAGGUUACAGAAUGAUUAUGAAAUAUGUGUCACUAGUUAAACUUUGCCUAUUGCCUUGAAAAUAAGGCAAAACAGGGUUAAUGAAAUGGUUCACAUCCUGCCAAGCCGCAUGACCCAGAUUUGACCCUGUGAGGUUCCUAUGGUGGAAGGACAGAACAAUAGUUCUCUGCACAUGCACAGUGUGGGACAUACAUAUGUAAACACGCACCUACACACAAUAAUGUUAUAACAUACCAUUAUUUAAAGUAAUAGACAGUGAAUCAUGACUACUUAAAAAUAUAUCAUCUUUGUUACAAGAUAUUUUUUGUAAGCAAAACAGAGUAAUUUUCAUUGCAGAUAUAGCCAUAAUAUAAAUUAAAUAUUAAUUUUUCAUAGUUGCA